AUGGCUGCCCUGAGGAUUCAAACCCCAGCUGGUCCUCCGGAACUCAGAAGGCGCAAUCUUGCUAGCAGCCCAGCCCAUGUGGGGCUAGAUUUGAUUGGGUUUAGUUCCUGGAUGUUGCCAAUGGGGGACCACAGGUGUGCAGGCAGCGCAGUCGUCACAAGAAAUGGUGUUGGAUAUGUUGGUGCUGGGAGGAAGAACUGUUCAGAGGCAUUCUUGAAGAAUGGUGUGGUCUGCUCUUUCGAUGAUAGUGGUGUCAGGGUGUCUACGCUGUGUUCAUCUCUUCCAUCUGAAGCUGUAAGUUUCGGCAGCAAAAUGUCAUUAGUUAAUUCAAUGGGCUUUGCACGGAAGAAGAAAGGGGGUAAGUUAUGGCGGAGAUUUCAGGGUGGUAAGAAAUUGGUAAGGCAUAGAGCUCCGAAGCAUGGCCUGGGAAAGGACAGGCAUGGUCACAAAUCUGUAGUUAAGGAUGAUGAUAUUGAUGCUGUUUUGUCCAGGAUAAGCAAGGAGUCCAGCAUUGAAGAGUGCAAUUCUGCUCUGAUCCGUCUUGAGAAGCUCAGCGAUGAGAAGGCUCUUAACUUCUUUGAUUGGAUGAAGAUUAAUGGGAAGCUUAAGGGGAAUGCUCAUGCAUAUCACCUAGCUCUCCAAGCCAUUGCCUGGAAGGAGGACUGGAAGAUGGCUGAGCUGUUGCUUCGUGAAAUGGUUGCUGAUUCGGGUUGCGCAUUGGAUGCUCGAGCAUUUAAUGGACUGAUAUAUGUUUGUGCUAAAAGGAGGCUUGAUGCUUGGGCAACAAAGUGGUUUCACAUGAUGCUUGAGAGAGAAGUGCAGCCGAACUUGUCUACCAUUGGUAUGCUUAUGGGCCUUUACCAGAAGACUGGGAAACUAUCCGAGGCUGAAUUCACUUUCGAAAAAAUGAGGAAUUGCAAUAUCAAGUGUGUUAAUGCUUACUCAGCCAUGAUUACUUUGUAUACACGUUUAGGCCUUUUUGCCAAGUCUGAGGAUACUAUUAAUCUAAUGAACAAUGAUGGGCUAGUUCCAAACAUGGAAAAUUGGUUGGUGCGGUUGAAUGUAUACUGCCAACAGGGUAAAAUGGAGGAGGCCGAAUUGGUCUUGCAGUCCAUGGUUGACGAAGGAUUCACCCUGAAUGUUGUAGCGUACAAUACUUUAAUUACAGGAUAUGGAAAAAGUUCUGAUAUGCAGAAGGCAAACAAAGUGUUUGAUAGCCUUGGUAGUGCAGGUUUAGCUCCUGAUGAAACCACCUAUAGAUCAAUGGUAGAAGGUUUUGGUAGAGCAAACAUAUAUGAAGAGGCAAUGUUGUACUACAGGAAGCUCAAGGGUGCUGGCUUCCGAGCAAAUGCAUCCAACUUUUACACUAUGAUCAACCUACUAGCAAGACAUGAUGACAAUGAAACUGCAGCUGAAAUUCUGGAGGACAUGAGGGCAGCAGGCUGUCAGCGUUCAUCAAUUGUUACUUUUCUUGUUCGGGCUUAUGGAGCAGUAGGAAGAAUGCAUAAGGUUCUUCCGAUUCUACAAGCUUGUUUCAACAAGAAGAUUUUGCUUGAUGCUACCUCAUGCUCUAUUUUAGUAACAUCAUUUGUUCAAAAUUCUGUACUGGAAGAAGCUUUGUACAUUCUCUGUGUGAAAAGAAGUGGAAAGAUUCUGCUUUUGAAGACAACUUAUAUCAUAUAUUGA